AUGUCUUUUGUCCCUCGUAUUGAAUUAGAUAUUCAUGAAGAUGAGAGUAUUUUGCCAGUUAACCUAAAACCCCCAUGGCCUUCAGCUUUCUUUAUCAAAUUCUGUGUUGAUCAUUCGAUUAAUGUGUUCUACCCAACAAGAAAUUUCCAAAGUUUUGCAGGUGUUGGAACACAGCUGUGCGAGCUCCUUAUACCAGUUAAAAUAGGGCGAUUAUCUACCAGUGAUCUUGCUCAUAAAUUCUCUUCUGAAAUAGUGAUAACGGCUUUCGAUGCUAGUUUUAAUCACUGGAAGACAGUGCCUGUUGUUGAAAUUAAGGUUGAUCUGUGGCUACAAUACUAUGAAGGAAUAGUCAAGCAUUUUAUAGCAGGCUAUGUGAGUGAAAUCAUGGAGAAAGGAACUAAAGUUGACUUUUCGUCUUUGCAGCUAAUGAAGAGAAUCAAACUGGGUAGGCGCAGUUCAAUGGAACAGUGCAGCAUUUGUUUGGAAAGUUUGGGAGGCGAAGAACCGGCACUUCAGCUGCGAUGUUCACACAUUUAUCGUCCGGGUCGCGUUCGUAAAUGGUUCAAAGAUAGCCCAUCAUGUCCAUUGAGCCACUCUCAUGAUGAGUGA